UUUUUGUUCAAAACCCUAUUUACAUGUGUCUCCCAAUUUUCUUUCUUUCUAACCCUGUGGAGACAUUCUCACACUCAAAUCAGUUAUAAAUCUUUGUUAAUUUAGGUCACUUGAAACGUCUUCUUCCAAAGUCACAGUUGUGAAGAUCAUGUAGUGGAUCAGAAGACCAUAACAAAUUGGCCUAAAAAAGUUCAGUUAUAAACAAAGCAAGCUAAAGGGAUGAGGGGUAACAAGUUCCCUAUACGCUAUUUGAUUGUCAUUUUGACUUUCAUCUGUACUUCCGUGUGUUACGUCGAGCGGGUGGGCUUUUCAAUCGCGUAUACUAUUGCUGCAGAUGCUGCGGGAAUUAGUCAGUCAAGCAAAGGCACGAUACUGUCAGUUUUCUAUUAUGGAUAUGCUUUUUCUCAGGUACCCGGUGGGUGGGCAGCACAGAAGAUUGGGGGAAGGCGUGUUCUCCUUUUUUCAUUCGUGAUAUGGUCUCUUACUUGUGCCUUGUGUCCGUUAGACCCGAAUAGAGUGAUGGCUCUAGUUAUAGCUCGAUUGCUUGUUGGGGUAGCUCAAGGCUUUAUAUUUCCUUCUAUUCACACUGUUUUAGCACAGUGGGUCCCUCCACAUGAGCGGUCAAGGUCUCUUUCUCUCACAACAUCAGGAAUGUACCUAGGUGCUGCUUUGGGUAUGCUUGUCCUACCUAGCUUAGUGAAGUUUAAAGGCCCACAAUCUGUAUUUCUCGCUGAAGCAGCUUUAGGUGGCACGUGGUCUCUCAUUUGGUUCAGAUUUGCUAGUGAUCCACCUCGUUCGGAGCAUCCAAAAGCAACUGCAGCUGGUUUUGGAGAAUCUUUGUUGCCAAUCAGAGAUAGUCAAAAGUUGAAGGCAGAUAGAACUUCUCAAAUCCCAUGGAGGAAGAUAUUUUUCAGCUUUCCAGUUUGGGCUAUAGUCGUGAAUAAUUUUACAUUCCAUUAUGCUUUGUAUGUGCUUAUGAACUGGUUACCUACAUACUUUGAACUUGGCUUGAAGUUUAGUCUUCAGGAAAUGGGUUCGUCCAAGAUGAUGCCAUAUCUUAACAUGUUCGUUUUCUCAAACAUUGGUGGGAUAAUUGCUGACUACAUGGUAACAAGAAGAAUCUUGAGUGUGACAAACACGCGCAAGCUUUUGAAUACUGUGGGUUUUUUAGUGGCCGCGAUCUCUUUAAUGGCGCUACCUAUUUUUAGGACAUCUAAUGGGGUUGUAUUUUGUUCUUCCAUGGCUCUUGGCUUCCUGGCAUUAGGGAGAGCUGGAUUUGCAGUAAAUCACAUGGAUAUUGCUCCUCGAUAUGCUGGAAUUGUGAUGGGAGUCUCCAAUACAGCUGGCACCUUAGCUGGUAUAAUCGGGGUUGAGCUAACUGGUCAGCUUCUUGAAGCUGCAAAAACUACUAAUUCAGAUCUGUCAAGUCCUGACAGCUGGAGGGCCGUCUUUUUUAUACCAGGAUUGCUCUGUAUUGCCAGUUCUGUUAUUUUCCUCUUAUUUUCAACCGGGGAGAGGGUAUUUGAUUGAGGUUGGUUUGUGAUACAUACUUUAUAGAAUGCUACCGGAUAUGAGAUGUGAUAUACCUAAGUAAGUGAAUACAUCCCCAAGGAACCUUUUUUCUAUCAUUAUCAGUUUUCUGAAGCCAAAGUUUAUCCAACAAAGAUGUAUAUUAAAGUUCAGAACCAAACACAGCUAUAUCGUGUAGUUAGUGUAUCAGGCAGAUAUCCUAUGGUUAUUUCUAGGUUUGCUUGCCUGUACAUGUUGUAUGGUGAAACUCACCAUUAUACAUUUAUAUUUAUAGGACAUAGGUUCCGUAGGUGAAAGUAGUGAUUUUGAAGGAUGAGAAUGUAGAGCAUAAAAACUUAAAAUGGGUUCCAGUGAACACAUCGCAGGCCUAGUAGACUAGUAGUAACCCUAGAGUGAUUAUAAUUGUGAAUUCGAGACGUUUAUUUUGUGUCUCUGGACCUUUUAUUUUGUAACAAUCUUAUUGAUAAUUUAUCUUGGAUAACCUUUCUUGGGAAAUAAUACUUCAGUUUUUAGCA